GCCCUAAUCCAUUUUUAAUAUUUCUCCGCCGCUUUCCAUAAUAUUCUCAGACCCCUCUCUCUCUCUCUAAAACGACAAUGAUUUCAGGUUCUAUCCCUACUGAUCUCAUCACCGAGAUAUUGUUGAGGUUACCAGCAAAAUCCAUCGCUAGGUUUCGUUCCGUAUCGAAGCAAUGGGCAUCAAUAAUCGACCAUCCAAAGUUCAAACACUUGUACCUGACCAAGUCCUCCUCUCAUCCUCGUCUCAUAUUCGCCAUCGAGGAGAAAGGUCUCUGGAGCAUCUUCUCUUCACCUCAGCAUCUGAGUCCACACGACGACAAGGCUUCUUCAUCUUCAUCGUCUCUUGCCGCCGAGUUUCAUAUGAAGUUCCCUCCAGGCCGUAUGCGAAUCUUCCGUCGCGACGACCGACAAUUCGCGUGCGGCUACGCCUCCGGUUUGAUCUAUUUCUACGGUAUGUGUACCGGUUUCGAGCGCAAAGACGAAGUGCCUGUGGUAUGUAACCCUAAAACAGGACGUUACGAGACGAUGCCUUUUAUCUCACGGUACAGGAAGUCUUACAGCUUUUUCGGGUUCGAUCCUGUCGGGAAGCAGUACAAGGUGCUUCACAUGGCUUAUCCGUGCGGUCCCGACGACCACAGGGUUAUGACGCUAGGAGCUAGAGGAGCUAGAUGGAGAAAGGUCGACUGCUCGUUGAGACUUGAACAUAUGAGCGAAGGGGUGUGCAUUAACGGAGUUUUGUAUUGCUUGGGUGACACGUCUGAGUGUGAUGAGGAAAUGUUGGAGGAGAAGUCUAGGUUUGUGAUUGCUUGCUUUGAUGUUCGGUCUGAGAAGUUCAGUUUUCUUUAUCCCGAGAGCUUUUGCGAGUUGAUAAACUAUAACGGUAAGUUGGGUUUGGUUUACUACGACGAUCUCAGUGAUGAUGUGGUCGAGUUUCGGGUGUGGGUUCUUGAGGAUGCGGAGAAGCGGGAAUGGUCCAAGUACGCGUACGCUUUGAGGGGUGAUAAGCUUUUCCCGCGUUACGUUUCGGUGGUGGGAGUGAUUUCUACGGGUGAGAUUGUUUUGUCGAUGGCGGAUUAUACGUCCGGACAACCGUUUUAUGUUUUCUACUUCAAUCCUCAAGGGAAUACUAUUCGACGGUUUGAGAUGCAAGGCUUUGGAGAGUGCGAUGAACCACCGUCCAACAACAGUCCUCGUAGAGUCCGCGUCUUUGUAGACGAUUGUAGUAGUUUCUACAGAUUCGCUGACCACGUAGAGGAUCUUAGUGUUAAAGAUCUAGCGCUACUCAAGUCUAGCAUCUACGCUCCUUAUGUGUAUAACGAAGAAUCAGAAGAAGAAGAAGAACAAGUAGCGUGUGGUCACGGGCGUUAUUUCACUGGUAGAAAAAAGAGAGGAUGAGGCUGAGGAAGGAGAACGAGAAGGGAAAGAAGAGAGCAGGAGAGGAUAGUAGAGCCGAUCAUUGAAGUUCUGUGAAAGCAAUGGGCAUGUAAAUUUCUGCUUUUAUCUAUUAUUAUGCGUUUAACUAUUUUCAUAAAAUCAUGCUUUUCAUUUAGUAUUCCAUCUUUCGAAUUGUUUUAAUUUUGUUACUUUGCAAUCGUUAUAUGCAUUGUCAAGUUCAGAUAA